AUGGAAAAACAUGCCACGAUCGCGGACGAUCAGCCCGUGCCAACCAAGGCCGAGCUGAAAAAGCUUCGAAAGCUCGAAAAGCUCCGCGCCAAACGGGCGGCCGCCGACGAGUUGCGGAAGAAGUGCCAGAGGGAUCAUCUGAAGCGGGAGCAAAAUUUUGCGAAGGAGACGGAAGGGCGCGUCUUUCAGGACUGGGAACGGAUGUGCUCGGAUGUUAGGCUGGCCGACGUGGUGGAGGAGAUGUUGCAGAUUAAACAGAAUCUGCAGAUGGUGUUUGAUCGGAAGAAUCUGUAUAUUGACAGGACGCUCGAGGAAAGGGAUGAAAUGGAGGACAUUUAUUCGAGGAAUUUGCAGCGAAUCAAGAGGCUGAUUAAUUGUUAUUUGGAAAUGCAUCAAUAUUUCGUAACAAAUUUGGCCAAGGAGUACGUUGAAGACCGCGAAGAUCGUUUGGAUGACUUUCGACAAGAAGUUGUUAUGAAAUUAAGUCAGGCCAACGAGUGCGUUGAAAAAAUGGAAGGUGCUUUGAUCUCGCUUGAGGAAGAGAUGGAACAAGGGCUUAUGGACGAUAGUGUUGAGUUUAUCAAGAAAAACGACGAUUGCAUCAACACGCACAUCGAGCGCCGCGAUCGUCUCCGCGACCGAAAAACCGCUCAGCUGGAAGCACUCCACGGAGACAUCCAAACCGUGGCCCAGGAAUACUUCACCAAGAUCCUCCACCCGGAAAAGGAGAAAGCAUUCCGGAACCUGUACGAAGUGGACCUCGUCUCGGGCAGAAUCAUCGAGUCGAACCGCGCCAAAAUUCGCGAACUCAACGGCUCGAUCAAACUGUUGAACAAACGAAUCAUCCAGGUUGAGGUGGCCGGCACGCGCAAGAUCAUCACAAAACGGCUGCUCAAGCGAAACCUCGAGAAUGACAUCGAUACGCACAAGCGCGAGAUGAAGAAACUAGAAGUGCAGCACAUGGAGCGUAUGAAAGCGUUGGCCGGGGAGGUGUUCCACGUGCAAAAACACCUGAAUCAGCUGGUGGAACGUGGGAAGCAGAUAUUAAGGUUGGCUCAGACUUGCGCCAAGUUGGAGUGCGUUGAUGAUCGUGAUUACUUCAAGAAGCGGAUCGAUCAAGGGCAUGUGGGGGACGCGGGGCAGGUCGCAGAGUUUGAGUUCUUUUUCGACAAGAUCAAUCGGGUGACGGCCAUUAAUGUACUGCUGAGGGAGGAAAGGGACAAGCUUGCGGAGAACAAUGCCGAGUUGCAACGGCAGUUUAAACAGUUUUGCCAGGUGACUGGUGGGGGACCUGAAGCAAAUUUGAACGCGUUGAAGCCGGUGGUGAGGGGGGUUGAGUGAUUGAUCAAUAAUUUUGAGGUUUGGAAUGUUGGGUCAAGGUCUGUUCAAAUAAAUCAAAUG